UCCCCCUCCCAGACCAAACCCAGCGCAACCCCCAACGCACCGCCGCUGCCGCCUCCCGCCUCGCCGGAGAGAACAGGAGAACCGACCCCGGGGCGCAGGGCCGCCUCGGCAACAGAUUCCGCAACCGCGCAGCAGCCUGCCCCCUUCCUCCUCCCUCCCCUCGGGGCGUGGCCGAGUUGUAGGCAAUCACGGCUAGCGUUGCAGCCCCCCGGCGCGGCCCCCCAGCUGCGCAGGUGGAGCCAACGGGGACCAUCGCCUCCGCCGUCGCGGCAAGCCCCGCCCCGCACGGCGGCCGCGGGGCGCUGCCCUCGGCCGGAGGAAGCCCGUCCGAUCUACUCUUCCUCGCCGGCGGCGGUCGGACCCUCUGAGCCGCCGCAGCCGCUCCUUUCUCUCUCUCUCUCUCUCACCCCCACCCCUUCCUCCUUGUCUAGCGAAUAGCCCCUCUCUCUUAGCUAACCCCCCCCCGACCCCCGACGAGUUCUCACCCCGAGAGUAAACCCACCCACCCACCCGCCGGCAUGGAGAUGAAGCUCACCAUCAAGAGGGUGCCCACCGUCGUCUCCAACUACCAGGACGACGCCGACAAGCCGCGCGCCGGCUGCGGGAGGAACUGCCUCGGCGACUGCUGCCUGCCUGCUUCCAAGCUUCCCCUCUACGCGUUCAAGUUGAAUCCGGCAAAGCGCUCGCAGGAGGGUGCUGCUUCAACCAAGCUGCUUGUUGAUAUCCUCCUUAGCGAGUGGGAAGACAGGAUGGCCCGAGGCUUAUUCCGCUAUGAUGUCACUGCCUGUGAGACCAAGGUCAUCCCUGGCAACCUUGGGUUUGUUGCACAACUCAAUGAAGGGCGCCACCUUAAGAAGCGCCCUACUGAGUUUCGUGUGGACCGUGUGCUCCAGCCAUUUGACCCUGCCAAGUUCAAUUUCACCAAAGUUGGCCAGGAAGAGGUUCUCUUCCAAUUUGAGAAUGGUGAUGGUGAUGACAGCUAUUUCCUGAAUGACGCUCCAAUCAUUGCUGUUGAUCGUGCUCCAAAUGUUGUUGCUAUCAAUGUGAGCCCAAUUGAAUAUGGACAUGUGCUUCUCAUUCCUCGUGUUCUGGACCGCCUGCCUCAGAAGAUUGAUCCAGAGAGCUUCUUGCUUGCACUGCAAAUGGCAGCUGAGGCAGCUAGCCCUUACUUCAGGCUUGGUUACAAUAGCUUGGGUGCCUUUGCCACCAUCAAUCACCUCCACUUUCAGGCAUACUACUUGUCAGUGCCUUUCCCUGUCGAGAAGGCAGCUACCCUCAAGAUCCCUCUUUCUGAGGACACAAUGAAGAAUGGAGUGACCGUGUCCAAGCUGAUAAAUUAUCCUGUGAGAGGCCUGGUAUUUGAGGGAGGGAACACACUGGAGGACCUGGCAAAUGUGGUUUCCAAUGCUUGCAUUUGGCUGCAGGACAACAAUGUGCCUUACAACGUGCUCAUUUCUGACUGUGGAAAGAGGGUCUUCCUGUUCCCCCAGUGUUAUGCAGAGAAGCAGGCUCUGGGUGAAGUGAGCCAGGAGCUGCUGGACACUCAGGUGAACCCAGCCGUGUGGGAGAUAAGUGGCCACAUCGUGCUGAAGCGGAGGAGCGACUAUGAGGAGGCAUCUGAAACCUCUGCGUGGAAGCUCCUCGCUGAGGUCUCCCUCUCUGAGGAGCGCUUCGAGGAAGUGAAGGCGUACAUCUUCAGCGCUGCUGGCCUGGUUCUGUCUGACGAGGAAGAGGAGGAAGCCAGUGAGGGCAAGGGCACCACCACCUUUGCUCCUGUCCCAGUUUCCCCAAUGCCUGUCGCUGAAGGCUGCCUCGUCCACCAGUGAGUCCGUGGACUGGCUGUUGUGUGUUCCCGGUCUCCUAUAGCUGUGCCGUAAUAAAGGUCCGUUGGCACGGUAUAUGCUUGCGAGCCCUUGUGCUCUGCUGCUACUUUGCUCUCGUUUGUGUCCUGCUGCUCUCGUGGUGAACUCGGUAAUUCAGUGCUCUGCAAUAUUAAGCAGAGGCUAUUGUAUUGUUUGGGUCGUUUGUUAAUUAUUACUAGAACUAAAUGAAAUGUGAUAAACAUUACUAGAUCC